AUGUGUGCUAUACCAUGGCUUUCUUUCAAGCUUUCUGGGAAACAAUAAAGGAAGAACUGAUGCAGACAUUCCACAGAUUUCACUGUCAUCACAAGUUUGAGAAGAGCUUCAAUGCCACUUUUGUAGCUUUGAUUCCUACGAGGGUUGGGGCAAAUGAUCUAAGAGAUUUCAGACCCAUCAUUCUAAUCUCCAGGAUCUACAAAAUCAUAGCAAAGGUGUUGGCUGAGAGAUUAAAGAAGAUAAUAAGCAGAGUUGUAAGCAACCACCAGAUGACUUUCAUCAAAGGGAGAUAAAUAUUGGAUGCUGCUCUUAUUUCUAGUGAGUGCAUUGACACCAGGAUUAGAGGAGAUGUGCCUGGAGUUAUGUGCAAAUUAGAUAUAGAAAAGGCCUUUGACCACCUGAACUGGAGUUUCUUGUUGAACACUCUCAGGCAAAUGGGAUUCGGGAGAAGGUGGAUUAAAUAGAUAGAAUUCUUUAUCAAAACUACUAGGUUCUCCAUUUAUCAAAAUGGAGAACCUGCAGGUUUUUUUCCAGCUAAAAGAGGUUUGUGACAAGGGGAUCCCUUGUCCCCUUUCCUGUUCAUCAUAGCUAUGGAAGGGCUAGGCAGUCUGAUGAGAAGGGCAGCAACAAACAACUGGAUAAGAGGCUUCAGCAUUAAGAACAGGAACAAUGAACGCUGGACAAGAGGCUAGGCAGUCUUGUAGAAGGCUGGAGGCCUGCUUUUGAGAUUGCUAACUGUCCUAGAAUCUCCCAGGAAGAUCAAGAGUGGCUGCAAAGGACAUUCACUGAAGCUGAGGUAUUGGGUACUAUCAAACAGUGUGAUGGUGACAAAGCUCUGGAUCCAGACGACUUUACAAUGUGUUUCUUCAAGGAAUGUUGGGGGACCUUGAAAGAGGACAUGAUGAAGACAAUACACAAUUUCCAUCAAAAUGAGUUUUUUGAGAAGUCUUUCAAUGCUACGUUUAUAGCACUUAUUCCUAAGAAGAAGGGAGCAGAAGAGUUGAAAUACUUCAGACCAAUAAGUCUAAUUGGUGGAGUCUACAAAAUUAUAGCCAAGCCCAUUACUGAGAGAAUGAAGAAGGUUAUGGGGACUCUGGUUGAUGAACACUGUUAGAAUAGAAAUAUGUAUAUAUUCCUACUUAGAAUAGGAAGAAGAAUAGGAAUAGGAAUCCUAGUUAGAAAAGGAUUUCAAUGUAUAUGUAUUGUCUAUAAAUAGGGUCUCAAUGUAACAAUUUAGAUACACAAUUCAAUAUUAUUUUUCCCAUAUAUUUCUCACAUGGUAUCAGAGCAUUGGUGAGAAACUUCAAGUCACCGUGUCAAAUUCCGGCGACGACGGUUGGGACUGAUUUGUGUCAUCUUUCGUUCUGAAGGUGUUGUGUGAAAGACAACACCAUCACGAGGCUCGGAAAGCUCAGGCGACCGAACCCCAAGAAUUUCCACCGGAAAACAACCCCCCACGCGCCCCCACGCAACGUUUGGAGGUGGAAGUUUUCCGACGAGAUCUGUUCACGCGCCGGCGCGUGAGUACUGCUCCGGUCAUCUUUUUUCGAGCUGUUUUCUUCUGUUGGGGUCCCCCAGUAUUUCCGACCAAAACCCAUUCAGUUUUCUCUAGAUCCGAUCACCGGAAUUAGGGUUCCGGUGAUUUUCCGGCAGUUUCCAGCGAGUUUCUUACUCUUUUCAAGUCAAAUUUCGAAAAAAUGUUUUUCAGGUGUGAUGUUUUUGGCUCCAAAAAUACGGGGAUUGGAAGUUCAAGCCUUACAAUCACUUCAGAACCAUUAAUGGGAAGUUCAAACUAUCUAGCUUGGGAUUCUUCAGUUGAGUUGUGGUGCAAGGGUCAAGGUGUUCAAGAUCACUUAACAAACAAUGCUUGCGUUGUAGAUGAAAAGACAAAGUCUAGUGACGAAAGUGCAAAAGCCAAAGCACAAUGGGAGAAAGUGGAUGCCCAAUUAUGUAGUCUCCUUUGGCGCUCUAUUGAUUCUAAGUUGAUGCCCUUGUUUCGCCCAUUCCAGACAUGUUAUUUAGUUUGGGAAAAGGCACGUGCUUUAUACACUAAUGACAUAUCUCGAUUCUAUGAUGUGAUAUCUCGGAUGACCAACUUAAAGAAACAAGAAUCUGAUAUGUCUACUUACUUGGGACAAGUACAAGCAGUCAUGGAGGAAUUUGAAGCGUUGAUGCCUAUCACUACAAAUGUGGAAAAGCAACAAGAGCAAAGGCAGACAUUGUUUCUAGUUCUUACACUUGCUGGACUUCCUACUGACCAUAACUCUGUGCGUGACCAGAUUCUAGCCAGUCCUACAGUUCCCUCAAUUGAUGAAUUAUUCUCUCGUCUGCUUCGUCUUGCUGGUCCUCCCAGUCACAAAGAAGUUUCAUCAUCCAUUGUUGACUCCUCAAUUCUCGCAUCUCAAACAACAGAAAAGCGUACAUACCAGUCUAUGGAGAAUCGGCGAGGGGGAGGGCGUUUUGGGAAACCUCGAUCCAAGUGUAGUCAUUGCCAUAAACCUGGACAUACUCGUGACAUAUGUUAUAUUUUGCAUGGUCCACCACCCAGUUAUGAUCCUAUUGUUCUUAAGGAAUAUAAUGAGUUCCUUCGAAAUCGCGCAAGUAAACAGACAUAUGGUGCUCAACCUAAUCAACCAUCCAAUAAUGCUCAUAUUGCUCAGACAGAAUAUGAUGAGUUCCUUCGGUAUCGUGCAAAUAAACAAACGUCUCCACAAGUAGUUUCGGUUGCACAACCUGAUGUUUCUGUUGUGGGUAAUUCAUUUACUUGUGUGUCACAGUCUAGCACUCUUGGAUCAUGGGUCAUAGACUCAGGGGCUUCUGAUCAUAUCUCCGGUAAUAAAUCACUUUUGUCCGAUAUUGUUUAUUCACAAUCUCUUCCUGCUAUUACUUUAGCAAUGGGAUUCAAACAAAACCAAAAGGGGUUGGAAAAGACAAACCCCUAUCUUCUGUCACCCUAGACUCUGUUCUUUAUGUCUCUGGUUCUCCUUUUAAUCUAGCAUCUGUUAGUCGUUUGACGAAGGCUCUACAUUGUAGCAUAACUUUUUUUGAUGACUUUUUUCUUCAUGCAGGACUGCAGUACGGGACAGACGAUUGGAACAGGACAUGAAUCACAAGGCCUUUACUACCUUGCCUCUUCAAAUUCC